CCGCCCGCCGCCCGCCGCCUCGCUCAGCUCUUCGCGCUUCCUCUCCCUCCCGGACUGGGCCUGCCCCGCCCGUCGCGGAGCCUUCCUGUCCCGCCGCCCGUGACCGCCCGCGCCCGGCCGCCGCCUACAGGCAGCCCGGAGCAACCCGGAGCAACCCGGCGCCCGGCCCCGCUGAGCGCAGCGCUCUCUCGGCGGCGGCGGCGGCGCGAUGCUGUGCUUCCUCAGGGGAAUGGCUUUCGUCCCCUUCCUCUUGGUGACCUGGUCGUCAGCCGCCUUCAUCAUCUCCUACGUGGUGGCUGUGCUCUCCGGGCACGUCAACCCCUUCCUCCCCUACAUCAGUGAUACAGGAACAACACCUCCAGAGAGUGGUAUUUUUGGAUUUAUGAUAAACUUCUCUGCAUUUCUUGGUGCAGCCACGAUGUAUACACGAUAUAAAAUAGUAGAGAAGCAGAAUCAAACCUACUAUUUCAGCACUCCUGUUUUUAACUUGGUGUCUUUAGUUCUUGGAUUGGUGGGAUGUAUUGGAAUGGGCAUCGUCGCCAAUUUUCAGGAGUUAGCUGUGCCAGUGGUUCAUGACGGGGGCGCCCUUUUGGCUUUUGUCUGCGGUGUCAUAUACACGCUCCUACAGUCUGUCAUAUCUUACAAAUCCUGUCCCCAGUGGAACAGUCUCUCGACGUGCCACGUACGGAUGGCCAUCUCUGCUGUUUCUUGCGCAGCUGUCGUCCCCAUGAUUGCCUGUGCUUCAUUAAUUUCCAUAACCAAGCUGGAGUGGAAUCCAAGAGAAAAGGAUUACAUAUAUCAUGUAGUGAGUGCGAUCUGUGAAUGGACAGUGGCCUUUGGUUUUAUUUUCUACUUCCUAACGUUCAUCCAAGAUUUCCAGAGUGUCACCCUAAGGAUAUCCACAGAAAUCAAUGGUGAUAUUUGAAGAAAGAAGAAUUGGAUCUCACUCAGUGAAGGUUGCAGGCCAUUUCUAGAAGCGCUACAGAGGACAGACCGGGUUUUGAUGUCGCCCUGAUUAUUGGGAUGCAUCUGCGGCACGUCCAGGACUUGAAUUUCGUUAAGAAUUUCUAAUAGUUGUACUAUUUCUAAAGAUAUGUUUUCCUAGAGAAUGUAGAGCCUUAUGACAUUGAAGUGAUGUUUUUAUAAUUUUCUAAGUAGAUUUUUUUAUAUUAACAAAUUCAUAUACAGAAAAGACAAGGUGUUACAAAAAAUGGAGAGCUCUUAUUUUUGUACAGAUUCUGUUGUUUUUUUAUUUGUGUGUGAUUUAUGGAAAUACACUAAAUGAGUAAUUUAGGUUCAGUACAUUUAUUACAAAGUGAAUUGGGAUAUUCAUUUGUAAAUUUCAUUCUUAGUGAGUGAACUGUAUAAUUUUUUUUAUCAUGAGAGCAUAUAUAAAAUUCAAUUUGUAACAAUCGUAUACCCAAAUCAUAAAGAUUUAGUUAAUGUAUUAACACUAAGAUACUCUGAAUUUUAGCUAAGCAAAGUGCUUCUACGGAGAGGCCUUCAUGCCAUCGUGUACAGUAGCUCUAAGUGAAUACAGAAGACCUUGGUUUUUGAAAUUCUGCCAUCUUAUUUCUCCUGCUCAUGAGGCCGCCUCUUUUGCUCUUGCUGCUAAUUGGCCAUUUAUAAUGGGUGUAAUUCCAGGUGUAAUGGUUUCAGCAACUCAGGUGAGAACCAUCCUUUAUUGUUACUGGCACAACUUGAUAAAUAGUCUGACCCAGAACUGAAACUCACAUCUCAAAUUCAUUUCAUGCCAGUAAAUGUGACAAAGAGAACAAAGGCCCAAGAGCGAGAAGGGGGCGGCCAAGAAGAACUUCUUGGUGCAGGGUGCUGUUUAUUCGUUCCUCCUUUUCACGCCUGUGGCUGGAUGUCCCACAACACUAUAGGAAAUGUGAGUCAGGCCCUUUGCAUUAAGCAAGAACUACAGACUCCACCUUUUCACCCAAAUCAUGAAUAACCAAUGAAAAGCAAGUUAUUCCAGAGGAA